GCGGGUUUGGCUGGGGAAAGAGAAGGGGGACCAGAGCCAGCAAAGAUUCUACACACUGCUCGCCUCCUGGGCCCUGGAUUCUCCCCUGAAGCUCCCUGUUUCACCUGUUCUCUCAACAGCAUGGAUGAGGAGGAAGAUGAUUUGUCUCUGCUCACUGCACUGCUUGAGGAGAAUGAGUCAGCCUUGGCAUGCGAUUCAGAAGAGAAUAACUUCUUAACCCAAGAAGAUGGUAAAGCUGACGAAUUCGAUGAGCUCUUUGAUGCUGAUGGGGACGGUGAAUCUUACACGGAGGAGGCCGAUGAUGGAGAACUGGAAACAACUGGAGACCAAAAAGAAAAUUUGGACACUCUCUUUGGAGAUCUGGGGGACUUGACAGAUGAAGAAGUCCCUACUUUGCAGUCAACCAAAAAUAGGGUUCCUCCUGCUCCUCCUGCCCCCUGUCAAGAGAAAACUAAUCAAGAGUUACAAGAUGAAAUAAGGAAGUUACAAGAGCAAAUGCAGUCCUUACAAGAACAGCUAAAAAUGGCAACAAUAAAACAGCCUGCAAGUCCAGCCCUUCUCCAUAAAUCCCCUGUAGGUAAGCCUCCACGCCCCCCUCUGAAGGAGAAGAAAGUUCAGAGAAUUCAGGAGUCUACAUGCUUUUCUGCAGAGCUUGAUGUCCCUGCUUUACCAAAAACCAAGCAGGUGGCUCGGACCCCAAAGCUUUCACCCACAGCGCCCAAAAGCUCAUCUUCAAGGAUGACAAGUGCACCCUCCCAACCACUCCGAGCUACUCCUGGGAACAAACCCAGUGGGGUGGUGACUGGAGAACAGAGCACAGGGACCCCGGAGAGUUCCAGGGCAGCGGCUCCUUUGGUUUCAGUGGAAAACUUCUCUGGCCUGAGGCUCAGGUGGCCUCGAGUAUCCUCCACAGAAAUGAACAAGAAAAUGAUUGGCCGAAAACUGAUCAGACUGUCUCAGAUCAAGGAAAAGAUAGCAAGUGAGAACCUGGAUGAAAUGGAUUGGGUGACAUUUGGGGUUAUAGUGAAGAAAGUCACUCCGCAGAGUUCUAACAGUGGGAGAACAUUUAGCAUCUGGCGACUGAAUGAUCUUCGUGACCUGACACGCUUUGUGUCAUUGUUCUUGUUUGGAGAAGUUCACAAAGAUCUCUGGAAGACUGAGCAAGGUACAGUUGUUGGAUUGCUCAAUGCUAACCCCAUGAAGCCCAAGGAUGGCUCAGAGGAGGUGUGCUUAUCUAUUGAUCAUCCUCAGAAGAUCUUAAUAAUGGGGGAAGCUCUUGACCUGGGAACGUGUAAAGCAAAGAAGAAGAACGGAGCACCGUGUACACAGAUGGUUAAUUUGAGUGACUGCGAGUACUGCCAGUACCACGUCCAGGCUCAGUACAGGAAGCUCAGCGCCAAGCGAGCGGACUUGCAGUCCACCUUCUCAGGAGGACGGAUUCCAAAGAAGUUUGCCCGCAGAGGAGCGAGUCUAAAGGAACGGCUGUGUCAAGACGGCUUUUACUAUGGAGGCAUGUCUUCUGAGUCCUACGCAGCCUCCGUGGCAGCAGCUAUUGCUCCUAAGAAGAAGAUCCAAACCACUCUGACGAAUCUGGUCGUGAAGGGCACAAACCAGAUUAUCCAGGAAACGCAACAAAAGCUCGGAAUACCACAGAAGACCUUGACUUGUUCGGAGGAGUUCCGGGAAUUGAUGGACUUGCCUACAGUUGGAGCCAGAAACCUAAAACACCAUUUAGCCAAAGCCACGACACGAGGGGUGCUGGGGAGCCCUAAGCCUGCUAUCCAGUCUAUCUCAGCAUCAGCCCUUUUGAAGCAACAGAAGCAGCAGAUGUUGGAGAUGAGGAAAAAGAAAUCGGAAGAAAUACAGAAACGAUUUCUCCAAAGCUCAAGUCAAGUCAAGAGCCCAGCUGUGCCAUCUUCUUCUCAACAGCCUCCUUCUCAGUCCCCACCAGCGGGUGCUGAAUUCCCGAGGCUGGUGGGAACCCCAGCCACACAGAUGCCCAAGCUUGGACGAGGCGUCUCUGAAGGAGAGGAUGUUCUCUUUCUUGAUGAGUCUCCUCCACCACGACCAAAACUGAGUGCUUUGGCAGAAGCCAAAAAGUUAGCUGCUUUAACUAAAUUAAGAACAAAAGGCCACAUUCUUACAAAGACAGACCCAAACAGCACUAAAAGGAAGCAAAUGGACCCCCAAGAUGUCCUGGAAGUGAAGGGCCGGGUAGAAAAGAACAACACAUCUUCUCAAGCUGAGGAUGAAUUGGAACCUGCCAAGAAAAAAAGGAGAGAGCAGCUUGCCUACCUGGAAUCUGAGGAAUUUCAGAAAAUUCUAAAAGCAAAAUCUAAGCAUACAGAGAUCCUGAAGGAGACUGAGGCUGAACUGCAGGAACGCUAUUUUGAGCCAUUGGUGAAAAAAGAGCAAAUGGAAGAAAAGAUGAAAAACAUCCGGGAAGUGAAAUGUCGGGUCGUGACAUGCAAGACGUGUGCCUACACCCAUUUCAAGCCCUUGGAGACCUGCGUGGCUGAGCAGCACGAUUACCACUGGCAUGAUGCCGUCAAGAGGUUUUUCAAGUGUCCCUGUGGGAACAGAAGUAUCUCCCUCAACAGGCUCCCAAAAAAGCACUGCAGUAACUGUGGCCUCUUCAAAUGGGAACGGGACGGAAUGCUAAAGGAGAAGACAGGUCCAAAGAUAGGAGGAGAAACACUGUUACCCAGAGGAGAGGAGCACGCCAAAUUUCUGAAUAGCCUGAAGUAACCCUAACCGCAGCCAUUUCCCUACUACCUUACCUCUCCUGGCUCUGGGAAAGCAAGGUAUUAGCUCCCCCAUUGCCCACAUUUCUGACUGGCACAGUCAAAACAAACAAGCUUUGCUACUUCACUUCCUCUGUUGUGCUGGUUUGGUAACACCAAAUUGACACUGUCGUUAAGUAGAAAAUCAAGAUACCAUUGUCUUUCCCGUUUCUCCUGAUCUUGGUUUACGACAUUUCACACAGAUUUUUUUGCCCAACAACUGGAAGGUAAAUUGAGAGCUGUAUAUCUGUUCCUCUGGACUAGGAUAUGCAGUGUAGCUUCCUUAUCAGGAUAAGUGUCUAGUCCAUGCAGAAACCCAGAAGCAAAAUAAUUAAUUUAGCUUGUCUCUCACCUUCCAAUUACGUUGCUUACCGUCUGGGCUUCCUCUUUAUCUGUAAAAUGGGGAAUGUUAGAUUACAUGAUCUUAAAAUGAUCUUUCAGCACUCAAAUUCUAUAAAUAGGUUAUCUAAGUUUUUUUCCUUUUGAUAAUUGUGGCCACUGCCCUUCAUAUGGUCUUGGGGUCCUGACAUUCAAAGUCACACUCCUUUCUAUUCUACUGUUCUCUUGCAUUUGCUGUUUGAAGUCGCUGAACCACUUUGCAUUUCAAUUCUUUCAUAUAUAUUAUAGUGGACUGUCUUCCCUUACAAUAUUGUGGAACUUUGUGAUGGAAAUAUUUAAAAUCUCAUCAUUUUUAAUUAUGGCUUUAUUCAUGUGGUUUAAGGAAACUUUGAAACGUCUAACCAAAAUGAAUACAAAGUUUGAGAAACUGUGAAGCAUAAUUGAAAAACAAAAGCAGCCCAUAAAGAUAAAAUCCCAUGGAGUCUGGGAUUUGCAGAGAUACCAUAUUAUACAUAUUAAGAAUUAUAGGUCAAACCUCAUGCAGAUUACCAGCAAAAAAUUAAACAGUUUAGGAAAUUCCUCUACCUGGGCAACCUGAUUUUCCAAAUAUCAUUUAACCCAAGCAAGUGCUGGUGCUACUUAAAGAUUGGUAAACUGGUAGGGUUAUAUUGAUUUGGGAUUUAAACUGUAGCUCAAAAUUGAUCAGGUUCCCCACCGCCGCUGCCACCACCACCAAGAUGGUAUUAUGUUAGGAACACAACAUUCAUGGGAGUGAUGAUUGAUUGAGGUUUUAAAGAGCCAGGAAUAAAAUUCAUGUGCCUUGGAUUUCAUAAAACUGCCUUCUACGGGUAAAAGGUGCUGUGGCUGACACUUGUGUUCCUUCUAAGGUUAUACCCCAAUAACUGUAUUUUUAGGAGUAGUUUACUUUCCAGAAGUUUUUUUGUUUUUUUGUUUUUUUUAAAUUUUUAACUAAUGAAGAAAAGAAUAAAGUGUUUAAUUCUUAAUAAGAGCCCCAAAGCUCUUGAAACCCUUAAUAUUCCUAAUGGCUUAUUUACAGUAGAUUUAUUGGUGACAUAAACUUAAAGCAGAGCUCUGUGAUUGAAGCUGGUGACAGCUGAGCGGCCACCUAGAACCCAGACCAGGCUGUUCUUUGAGUGAGUGUCCCCUCCCAAGGUGAGAAACGUGUUCGUGAUUGAACAUGGGGGUCAUUGCAGCCUGUGUUCACUUUAUACCGUAUAUAAGUAGGGUGACGCUCUCGUGUAGGUUGAUGGUGGCCGAAUCUGGAUGCCUUUUUAAAAUUUGAUUUCUAGUUAGUAAAUCAUUUUAAAAUGUAAUUGAGUUGCUUCUUGGAUACACUAGAUCUCGGGGGGCUUGCAUUUGAGGCGCUUUAUAUAUGCGCUUUCUUAGAAUAUGAGGUACUCAUUCAAGGGUAAGCGGGGAAGCUUACUUGUUUUCAUCAAAAAUAUGCUUCACCAAUGAAAUCAGUCAUUUAAUCCUAUCAUCUUAUCAAUGUGUAUUAAAUGCUUUCAUGCAAAUUCAGUGUGUGUUUAUUUCUUAACUUGUCACUGGUAAGAUGGGGCCAUGAGAACAACGUGGAUACAUAGUGAUCUAAAUUAGCAAACAAAACCUGGAUAUGUCCUGUGUGGAGAACCUGGCUGAUUUGACUUAAAAUAUUUGCAAUAGGUUUUGGUUGGUUGAUGGUUUUUUUUGCUGUGCCUUUUUCUGUUUAGAGGAAA